CUAAAAAACGAUAUAUAAUACGAUAACACAGUAACACAUCUCUAGAAUUUUAAACAAUAAUGCUAUCUGUUGGCAACUCUAAUAGAAAUGCCCGCGCGUAAGACAAAGCCAAAAAUAUCACAGCACUACCUGUAAGUGUAAAAGAGCACACACUAUGCAAUCGUGUCAUGGAGGAAAGAGCUGUCAAGACAAACACGCGUUAGGUGAAAAACUUCGGCUGCAAGAGGCACGGGCACGUUUGGUUAAAAAAGUAAAAAUAAUAAAUAUAAAUAAAAGGCAAUGUCUACGUCGGGAAGGAAGCGCAAGCAGCAGCUUAAGCCACGUCAAGAUGUUCACAGAUCGCCAGUAAAGCGAGCAAGUCUUGAUAUUAAAAGCGAACAUCUCGACAGCAGCUAUCCAUUGGCCGACUAUGACUGUGUGGACAUCAAGCCCGAUUUAACUGAAUUGCAGUUGCAGCUCGCGGCUACAAACGAAAAAGAUGCGGCAAUAACUACCACAGCAACCGAACAGUGCAGGACUGAAUUGCAACUGGAGCAACAAAGCGAUUCAGAGGAAGACGGUUACUCUGAAGUUAAUUAUGAGGCGAAGGAUGUGUUUUGCACAGCUGAUCAGGACGAUUAUGAUCCGGAGUGGAAUAUACAGCAGACAUUUCCGCGUUCACUAUUCAAAUUCGACUCGCCUACACAACAAACUGGCUUGAAAAAAUUUGUCUGUCCGCAGUAUUACUUUAACCAACUACUAGGCAAUCGUAGCGAGUUUUUUGCACAGCUGGCAAAGGGAUGCAAUGCGCGUUGCCCAAAGCUUUCCACAAGCGCCGCAGAGUUGGAGAUAUUUGUGGGUCUUUGCCUGCUUAUGAGUGACAUAAAACUGCAGCACCUAAGCGAUUACUGGUCACAGCAGGUGUUUUAUGGAUUUGCCGGCUUUCACAAAAAAAUGUCAAACCAGCGCUUUAUGGAGCUAUUGGAACAAAUCAAUUUUGAUGAGCUGCAACCAAAUUCAGAGGUAGUCACGAGCGAUGCAGGGAAGCUGAUUAACUACUUCAAUGGACGCAUGUCCCAGUUGUAUGUGUGUGGACAGCAGCUGGUGCUUAACGAGCCGAUUUUGCAAUGGAAAGGCAAAUUUUGCUUUCAGCAUGAGUUAGUGCCAAAGCAGCGCAGUCAUGCGCUAAUGCUGCACUUGCUCAGCGAGCAGAAAGGUCUUAUUAUAAGAAUACUGCCGGAAUUACUGGAGCAGCAGCAACCAGCUCGAAAUUCGCGUCAAUUGGUGACACAACGAAAUGAGCUGGUGCUUAAAAUGCUGGAACAGCAUAAGCAGCAUGGACACACUGUCUAUGUGUGCAAGUAUUACGGCAGCUAUGGCUUGGCUUAUGAGCUUGAGAAGCGUGGUACAUACUGCAGCGGUCUGCUCGAUCGUAAUCGCUAUGGUAACAGCAAGACCUUGGUCCAUCAAUCAUUAGUACCUAAUUGCAUUGCCAACAGAUACGCAGAACCAUUAAUGAUGGCCAAAUGGCGCCGGCGCAAUAAAAGCGUCUACUUCUUCAGCUCAGACUGCGUGGCAAUCUACUCAAAGGAGUUAUCCAUGCAAAAGAUUAAUCAACGCCCCAAGCUUGUACAGGAGCUCGACUUUCACCUGCGUCGUGUGCAACCCAGUAGGCAGCAUUUGAUUAACUAUCAGCCCAGCUGCCAGGGAAUGCUGCCACAGCAGCAGCUUAUCAUAUACUUGCUUAACUUGUUGAUAUACAAUGCCCAUCUGCUCUAUUGCGCCAAUGCGCAGUCAGUACGUGGUAGCCGUCGUCCCUAUAGCGAGUUUCGAUCGGCUAUUAUAAAGUCAUUGCUUAGGGAGGAUGCAACCGCAGCUGCCCCAACGACUUCUGCCCCUGUGACAGCUGAUACACCUGUCGUUGCAGCUAUUAAUCCGCAGGAAGCACGAAAAUCAAAACGCCCAUCUUCAUGCACACAGGCACAGAAAAUAAGCAGCCAAGGCAAACACGAGCUGGUGGCCAUUCAACAGCAUGGCAAGCCGGCGCGUAAGAAUUGUCGACAUUGUCACAAGAGCGGCAUGCUGCAAUUCACCAAAUAUAUGUGCAAACUCUGUCCGGACAUGCCCGGUCUUUGUGAAGAGCCGUGCUUUCAAUUGUGGCAUGAUCAGCUCAAAAAUUAGUGCUCAUUACUAACAGGACAUAUUUGAAAUAUAUUUCGCAAACUAAACGUUCAAUCUAUUUUAAUAUUGGGCAUUUCGGGCAGAUGAUAAUCUUUUCACAGUUAAUGUGUUAAUACAUUGCAGUGCCUUUAGCAGUUAAUUCUGUGUUAAUAUAUCUGCAAACUAAAAAGAAGCGAAGGGGAAAUAUAAACAUGAAUCUAUAAUUCUACAAUCUUUGGUUUGAAAUCGAAAACUAAUGACCUUACAUCCCAAGAUUAUUUUAUCUAAAAUAUACAUUCGUAUAUUUGAAGAUGAGCACAUAAAAUUGGGAUCCAGAUAAAGUUUAAAGCAUUCGUAUCGGUCGACUAUGAUGCAUUUCAAACUUCGUCUAUAGUAAAUUCGAAUUUACGAAACAACUUAAUUUGCAUCGUCUAUAGAUGUAUCUAACAUGCUAAUAAAUAUGUUAUUUGGCUUCCUAUUCAAAGCAUUCUGUUAUUAACUGAUAUUGAUAUGGAAAAAAUCUGUCUC